AUGAAGAUCUUCCACUAUCCUUGCUUGGAAGACAACUACGCCUACAUGAUCAUCGACGAAGCCACGAGAGAAGCUGCAGUUGUGGAUCCCGUGGAGCCUGAGAAGCUCGUGGAGGCUGCCGGUGAGCAUGGGGUUCAGAUCAAGCUUGUUCUCACCACACAUCAUCACUGGGAUCAUGCAGGGGGGAAUGCAAAGAUGAGGGAGAUGAUCCCUGGGAUCAAAGUCUAUGGAGGUUCACUUGACAAGGUGCAGGCUUGCACUGACAAAGUUGAUCAUGGUGACAAGAUAUCCCUUGGUGCCGAUGUUAAUAUACUGACUCUUCAUACCCCUUGCCACACUAAAGGCCACAUAAGUUACUAUGUCACUGGCAAGGAGGGAGAGGACGCAGCUGUUUUCACAGGUGACACCUUGUUUAUUGCUGGCUGUGGUAAGUUUUUUGAGGGAACAGCUGAGCAGAUGCACGAUUCACUCUGUGUAACAUUGGCUUCAUUGCCAAAGCCUACCCAAGUGUACUGUGGCCAUGAGUACACAGUGAAGAAUUUACAGUUUGCACAAACGGUUGAGCCCGAUAAUGCAAAGAUAAAGCAAAAGUUAUCUUGGGCACAGCAGCAAAGGCAGGCAGGACUUCCUACCAUCCCUUCAACCAUUGAGCAAGAGCUGGAGACGAACCCAUUUGUUCGCGCUGAUCUUCCUGAAAUCCAGUCAAAAGUCGAGUGCAAGUCCCCUGUUGAAGCUCUUGGGAAGAUCAGGCAGAUGAAGGAUAGCUGGAGAGGCUAA